UCAUCGCUAUUAGUGUUUUCCUUUUUUUGAAGGUGCCGCUCGUUGCACGUGUUCCAUAUUGUGUUUGGAAUUUAGAGGAUAAAUCGACAGCUUCAAAAUGCAGCACGACGAUGUCGUUUGGAGCAUCAUCAACAAGUCAUUCUGUUCGCAUAAAGUGAAGACCGACACCCGCACCUUCUGCCGGCAUGAGUACAACUUGACUGGAUUGUGCACCCGGAGAACAUGCCCCCUGGCUAACUCUCAGUAUGCCACCGUGCGCGAGGAGAAGGGCAUCAUCUACCUAUUCAUCAAAACCGCCGAGCGCGCACACAUGCCCAGCAAGAUGUGGGAGAGGAUCAAGUUAUCCAGGAACUUCGAGAAGGCCAUUGAGCAGAUAAACGAGAACCUAGUCUUCUGGCCCAAGUAUAUGAUCGCCAAGAAUAAGCAGCGUUUCCUAAAGAUCACCCAAUACUUGAUGCGAAUGCGUAAGCUAAAGCUGCGUCGCCAGAAACUGAUCGUUCCACUCUCCACCAAGAUCGAGCGGCGGGAGGCUAGGCGCGAGGUGAAGGCUCUGGUGGCCGCCAAGAUCGACAAUCACAUUGAAAAGGCCCUGAUGGAUCGUCUCAAGAACGGAACCUACCGCGACAUAUACAACUUCUCGCAGACGGCCUUCAACAAGGCCCUGGAAGCUGAGCGCGUGGAGGAGGAUGAAGACGAAGAGGAGGAGGAGGACGAGGAGGAGUUGGAACGCGAAAUGGACGUCGAUGGCGAUGAGCGCGAGGCAGCCGAUGUUCACAGGGCACUACUCGACGAGGAGUUCGUGGAGGCAGAUACCGAUGACGAAGAUGAAGAUGAAGACGAUGCGGACUCUGAUGCCUACGAAAGCGAUUCCGGGCAGCGGGAGCAGGUGGAGAUGGACAGUGAUUUCGGCGAGUCGGACGAGGAUGAAGAUGGCGAUGAUAUUGAGGAUCUGAAAGUGCCCGCCAAGAAAUCCGCCGACAGUAAAUCCAAGAAGGACAAGAAACCGGGCGCCGGAACAAGUCGUCGCAGUCGCGCGAAACCGAAAGUGGAGCUGGAGUACGAGUAUGAGGUGGAGAAUGAGGCUGCGGCACAGAGGCAGAUGCGCCAUUAGCCAGGUCCAAAAAGCACUCCUCCCCCUUUUAGCCUUAACGCUUACUGUUUAGCCAAUUAAAUGUUUAAUGCCGGUUAAGAAUAGAUUUUACCACAAACUGAAACUGAAAUCCAAA